AUGAAGCAAAUGACCGACUUACUGGACCAUGUGGUGCAACAACAGGGCCACAACCCUAACCCACCUGUCGGGAAUCCUGAAAACCCUGGGAAUCACGUAAAAAGUGAGGAUCGAGCUCUUGAAAGGUUCCAAAAGUUCUCCCCACCUAAGUUUCUUGGAGGGCCCGACCCCGAUGUGGCUGAAAGAUGGUUGGAGAAGAUGGUGGACAUCUUUGCGGCCUUACGUUACUCCAAAGAGAGACAGGUUACUUUUGCGGUCUUCCAAUUAGAAGGGGCCGCUCGCUCUUGGUGGAAUGUUAUUCGAACCAAGUGGGAGAGAGAGCAGACACCCAGAACGUGGGUGAACUUUGUAAGAGAAUUUAACGCCAAGUACUUUCCGCCCUUGAUCCAAGAAAAGAAGGAGGACGAGUUCAUCCGACUCUGCCAGGGCACCCAAUCCGUGGCUGAAUACGAAAGCCAGUUUACCCGAUUAGCCAAGUUUGCCCCUGAACUUAUUAUGACUGAACAAAGAAGGGUACGACGCUUCAUUCAGGGGCUAAAUGUGGAAAUCCAAAAGGAUUUAGCUGUGACCCAGAUUAACACUUUCAGUGAUGUGGUGGAUAAGGCUCUGCGAGCCGAGAACGCAAGGCUUCAAGUUCGGAAUUUUCAAGUGAGGAAACGUGGGUUUUUCGGAGGUAGUUCUACGCAGGAGGAUAAGAGUACCCUUCCCAAAUUUGGCCGUGGAGCUGGAGGAGGACGAGUUCCGGGUACAGCAAGAGGGACUCCGCCAAGAGGUGGCCAGACGGGAUGA